UGCAAUUUUGUUUCAAUUUUAGGUUUUGGUCAAGUUUGGUUUUUAUUAGUCUUGGUUUUAUUGGUCAAGUGUGACAAAUAUCUUCUUGUUACUUUAUCAAUGGUGUUUUUUAUUCUCAUAUUUUUACUAACCUUCCGCGUGUCAAAUUCUUUCUCUGGUUGAACAAUCGUGGGUGAACAAAUUCUUGGUCCAUCUGAGACUCAUCGUCGACGGUUGACUGAUGGUACGUAAGUAGCAAGUGCUUAUCAGGUUUAUGAGUUGUAGACAUCUUCAAGAUUCACUUGGAUUCAUUUGCAGUGGAUUCCAGAUUUCCAGUGGUGGAUUCACUAAAUUCAUCCACUGGUUCGUAUAGUUCGUAGGCAGAUGUUCAACCCGCAAUCAGGCAGGUGGAGUUAAUUCAAAUGUAAACAAAGAGAGGGUAAACAAUGGAAGUCGUACAUUAACAAGCGUUUUUUUGAUUGUCUCUCCAAAAAACAACAGCAUGUGUAAGAAUUCAAUGUAGCAUUCAAAAUUAUGAUUCAUAUUUUACAAUGCAAUGCCCGUUAUGCAGAGAAAAGGUUGCAGAUGAAAAUGCUUUGCACGUUCACUAUUUAAUGGAUUGUACUGGAUACGUUACGUCGUCAAAUACUACAAACAGUCAAGAAAUGCAAGAAACGUCAGCUCACUCAAGCGAGAAACUUGUACAGUUCAAAUGGUUGAAAUCGAAACCAACUUUGGCGCGCGAAGCACAUUUACUCAGCUCACUUACCGAUUCUGUUCUUUUGAAAUGGAAUGAAAUUGAAGAAUGUUUUAUGUCUGAGAAUGUUAAAGUUCCAUGUGGGUUUCAUGAAUGUCAACUGGUGUUAGAUGGAGAUGUAUUGCCGACUAAGAGCUUUAUGGUCAAUAAUAAUACUCCAAAGACUGUUGAAAUCUUCUUUGCAGGUGAUAAUACCUCGGCUAGCUCUAGUAAUAAUUUAUCUGAUGAUGCAACUCAUUUGAAUGCAAUAUCGUCAAAAGAAAAGUCCAAAGAUGGAGUCUCAUCCAAUAACAUUUAUUCUAAAGGCACUUUGUAUGAUGAACUCAUCAAGCAUCAGAUACUGUAUGGUGAUUCUUUUGAGAGGAUGAGCGGUCAUGCAGCGAGAGGUAAUUCAAGAGACAUAAAUGACAGCUAUACAUCAUAUGAUGGUGUUUCAUCACAAGAUACUGGAACCCUAAAUAAAGAAAGAUCAACUCUACCGGACCUUCCUACCCAAUCAUGUCAUACUGAUGAAUUGAGUGGCAUUUUACAAAGCGCAAAAUCACAUGAGAAAAGGAAUAUAUCUAGAGACGAAAAACAGUCGCUUGAUUCAGAUAAUGAAGAACCAUCUGACAGUGAUUCUCCACCUGGUGAAUUUAAAAGCAGACCAGAAAUAGUUGGGGAAUCAAAUGGGGAAUCUGUAGAUGAUGGCAGUGUUGAUGGAUGUAUUCAAAGCAACUGUUUUGAAGAAGACACAGAGACUGGAAAUGAAAAUUUUGUAGAUAGAGUUGCAUCAGAUAUUGGUACUGUGACAAAGGUCUCAAAUGGAGAUGAUUUAUUCACUGGACACCUGAUUCAGACAACUGUUGGUAACACGAGAGUACAAGUUACUGAGGACUUUCAAACUGCUCAUAAUAUAGCAGCACCGAGAGAUGUUGUCUCUUUUACAGAUAACACUCAGUUUCUCUCUCUACCAAUCACACCAUCAGCUCAACAUAUCAUGGAAAACUCAAAAAACCAAAGUACCGCUGUCUCAAGCUAUUUUAGCGGAGACUUACUCCCAUCGCUUGUGUCAAUCGGUGAUAGCAAGGGGAAUAAGAGUUCAGUAAAGGAUUAUUCGCUCAUUCCUGAUGCCGAAUUUAUACCCUUUAGUGCAAAAUCUGAUAAAAAUAGACUUGAAGAUCUUGAAAAGGGUAGUGACCUCCGUAGCAAUGUUGUUCCUGUCACUACCGCAUUUGAAAUGAACGUUAGCAAAGAUCAAUUACACCGUAAUACAUCUAUUGAAAGCCUCAAUGAUGGUAGUCUUGAUGACGUACAUGGAACGUUCUCAAGUAGCUUUUUUGAGAGUGAUCAAAAAAGAUAUGUUUCUAAAGUUGGAGAUUCUAUCGCUAAUGAAGAAAAAAUAACACCGAAAGAAACUUAUGAACAUUUGAAAGAUAGUAUGAUUACCAGUUUUAGUGCACCAAGUGCUCAAAACCAUGGAGAUAAUUUUACAGAAUUUGUAUCUGUCUCUCAUAGUCGUGCCAGUUACUCUCCAUUAACCACUCGUACUACAAACGAAUCUUUCCUGCAAGAUAUCCGUUAUCCCAUUAGUUACCAAACUCAAUCCUACUCAUCAUCAGUAAACCGCUCUCACACAGCGAUAUCCCCACUGUCUUCUCCCAGAGGUAUUAUUACCAAUACUGUAUCUGCUCCUCGUUUGAGUUACGUCUUGGAGACUGGUGACAAACCUUUCGCUACCGGAGCUGGUGCGAUGGAUAUCUCUGGAUCUGUGACUAAAGAUGAGGCAUUAAGAGAUUGCAAACAAUUUUCAGACGAAAAAAUUCGAGAAAUGUUAGACAGUCUUGAGUUCCGAUAUUCUCGACGAUCUCCGACUUACCUAGAGAUGGCGACUCCAUCAAAACUGGCAGAUCGGGAAGAUAUUGCGAAGAAAUUACAGACUGAGAACGCAGAAUAUAGAAAGAAGAAUCAUGAACUUGAAGAUAAGUUAAGGGAAGCUUUAUCCUUGGUGAAGACGAAAGAGGACGCUUUGAAAGAACAAGAAGAUUUAACUAAUGAAUUAACGACCGCUCUUAGUAUAAAAGACAAGGAAUAUUCGGAACUUGAGACAGAAAAUCUUGUAUUGAAAAAAGAUCAAAGGCUAAAGAGGAGAGAAAUGGAAGAAACAAUUAAUGAAUACGAGAAAAGCCUUUUCAAAUCACAGAAACUUAUUUUAUCUUUACAGGAAGAGAUUAAAGUUGUUCGUGAGCAAUCUACGAGAAACUCUCCUAGAUAUUCUGAGAAAUACAAGAAACUCUUGCGGGAUUACGAACAUUCAAUUGCCUUAUCUGCCAGUAUGAAAAAUCGCGUGAAACAACUUGAAGAAGAGAUAAGAAAGCGUGAUGAGAAAAUUGAUGCUUUUACGUCACGUUUUUCUCUUGAAGAAGAUAAUAUUACCUCAUCUCAUCGUCAUGAUAUCAAAAGACAUGACGCGUACUGGCCGCAAACUACACAGCCACGUGAUAUGACGAGUAGGAGUACAUUUAACAGUAACCAUCGAUAUGAUAACGACUCUCCCUACACAAAAGACAAUUACCGGAAUAGUGACGUUCUCUUGUUUUCUGAAGAUUAUUAUCGUGCAUAUCAAAAUGGCUACGAAAGGACGAAGUAUGUUCCUUCAGAUCCUCAUGAUUCGCCUAGAUCGUCGCGAGAAUCUCGAAGUCGUCGACGCUUUAUGGCCAGUGGUGAUGGCCUCAGGGGAUAUUCCAUUCCAAAACGAAGUCACAGUUCUGAGUCUGUGAUAAAAAAUGAUUGGGAGAGAAGUAGUUCUCAAAAAUCGCAUCAUUUAAACCGUGCAGGUUCUCAUGAAGUGCUUCCAUCUAAAUCCACAACACCAAAACAGUUCGAAGAUUUUUCUCUUGAUGAUUACAAUAAAAUAAAGUACAACUUUCCUAGUUCUUCAACAAGUCCAAAACGAAGUCCUGGCAAAGGAUCACCAUUUGCACCUAAUCAUCCACAGGAGCUCCACAAAGGAAUGAAAAUUUUAGUAAGUAGAACUGGUGGAAAUAGUGCUCAAGGAGUUUUACGCUAUAUUGGAAGGCUUCCUGGUAAAGAAGAAAAGAUCUAUGUAGGUGUGGAACUUCAUCAACCAGAUGGAAAACAUGAUGGUAUUUUCAAUGGUAAAAGACUUUUUGAGUGUAAACCUGGUCAUGGCAUUUUUGUAAAAUAUGAUAAAGUUAUUAUGGCAUAUAGGUAGUGACAUGUGUCAUAAACAUCUUUUAUUUAUUCAAAAACAUUAAGGAAACUAAAUAUUAUGUUUACAUGUCAUCGAACUUGAUUGAAAGUUUUACAAAACAAGUUUUCAUUAAAACAUAAGCAUGUAGUAAAUAAAUGAAAUCUUAAACCUUGGACUUUUUAAA